AUGUCUAGACCACAAGUUACUGUUCAUUCUUUGACCGGUGAAGCUACUUCUACCGCUUUACCAUUACCAGCUGUCUUCUCUGCUCCAAUCAGACCAGACAUUGUUCACACUGUUUUCACUUCCGUUAACAAGAACAAGAGACAAGCUUACGCUGUUUCUGAAAAGGCUGGUCACCAAACCUCCGCUGAAUCUUGGGGUACCGGUCGUGCUGUCGCCCGUAUUCCAAGAGUUGGUGGUGGUGGUACCGCUAGAUCUGGUCAAGCCGCUUUCGGUAACAUGUGUCGUGGUGGUCGUAUGUUUGCUCCAACCAAGGUCUGGAGAAAGUGGAACGUCAAAGUUAACCAAAACGAAAAACGUUACGCUACCGCUUCUGCUAUUGCUGCUUCUGCUGUUGCCUCUUUGGUCUUAGCUAGAGGUCACAGAGUUGAAAAGAUCCCAGAAAUCCCAUUAGUUGUUUCUAGCGAUUUGGAAUCUAUUCAAAAGACCAAGGAAGCCGUUGCAGCUUUGAAGGCUGUCGGUGCUGGUUCUGAUCUAUUAAAGGUUUUGAAAUCCAAGAAAUUGAGAGCUGGUAAGGGUAAGUACAGAAACAGAAGAUUCACUCAAAGAAGAGGUCCAUUAGUUGUCUACGCUCAAGACAAUGGUAUUGUUAAGGCUUUGAGAAAUGUUCCAGGUGUUGAAACCACUAACGUUACCUCUUUGAACUUGUUGCAAUUAGCUCCAGGUGCUCACUUAGGUAGAUUUGUUAUCUGGACUGAAGCUGCUUUCGCUAAGCUAGACCAAGUCUGGGGUUCUGAAACCGUUGCCUCUUCCAAGGUCGGUUACACUUUACCAUCUCACAUCAUCUCUCAAACUGAUGUUACCAAGAUCAUCAACUCUUCUGAAAUCCAAACUGCUGUUAGACCAGCUGGCCAAGCUACUCAAAAGAGAACUCACGUUCAAAAGAAGAACCCAUUAAAGAACAAGCAAGUCUUGUUGAGAAUGAACCCUUACGCCAAGGUUUUCGCUGCUGAAAAGUUAGGUUCCAAGAAGGUUGAAAAGACCGCUUCUAAGACCGGUGCUGCUUUCACUGAAACUUUGAAGCACGAUUAA